UCACUGGUGCGCGCCGCGGGUCCAGGCGCGAUGGCGGCGCUGGGCGGGGAUGGGCUUCGCCUGCUGUCGGUGUCGCGGCCAGAGCGGCCGCCCGAGUCGGCGGCUCUGGGCGGUCCGGGCCCCGGGCUCUGCUGCUGGGUGUCCGUGUUCUCUUGCCUCAGCCUUGCCUGCUCCUACGUGGGCAGCCUCUACGUGUGGAAGAGCGAGCUGCCCAGGGACCACCCUGCCGUCAUCAAGCGGCGCUUCACCAGUGUCCUGGUGGUGUCAAGUCUCUCGCCCCUCUGCGUGCUACUCUGGAGGGAACUUACAGGCAUCCAGCCAGGCACAUCCCUGCUCACCCUGAUGGGAUUCAGGCUGGAGGGCAUUUUUCCAGCAGCGCUGCUGCCCCUGCUGCUGACCAUGAUCCUUUUCCUGGGGCCACUGAUGCAGCUGUCUAUGGAUUGUCCCUGUGACCUGGCAGAUGGGUUGAAGGUUGUUCUAGCACCUCGCUCCUGGGCUCGCUGCCUCACAGACAUGCGUUGGCUGCGGAACCAAGUGAUCGCACCCCUGACAGAAGAGCUGGUGUUCCGGGCCUGCAUGCUGCCCAUGUUAGCACCGUGCACAGGCCUGGGCCCUGCUGUGUUCACCUGCCCACUCUUCUUUGGAGUUGCCCAUUUUCAUCACAUUUUUGAGCAGCUUCGUUUCCGCCAGAGCAGCGUGGGGAGCAUCUUCUUGUCUGCAGCGUUCCAGUUCUCCUACACAGCUGUCUUUGGUGCCUACACUGCUUUCCUCUUCAUCCGUACAGGACACCUGAUUGGGCCAGUUCUCUGCCACUCUUUCUGCAAUUACAUGGGCUUUCCUGCCGUGUGUGCAGCCCUGGAGCAUCCACAGAGGCGCCCCCUGCUGGCAGGCUACGCCCUGGGUGGACCCUUCGCUCUGUGCCUUCCACAGAAAGUCUGCCAGCCUCACACCACACAGGAGGAAACAAAUCUAAGAUGGAAGAGGAACCGGCUCGGUCACCUGGGAGUGGAGGCUUUUCUGGCUCUCUCCACCUCAGACCGCUGUCACGAUGCCACUUCUUUGGUUCCUGGAGGAACCCAGCACAAAGGCUCAGAGAGCAUGAGCAACCCUGCCAAGCAACACUGGAACUCAAGGUUUUUUUCUAGAAUCUGGUAGUGUUUACGUGCUCUUCCUGUUCUUAGAAUGGUUCCUAUGUUCUCAUUCCCCUGCCUCUAUGCCGCCCCCCCCUUUAAAAAAAACAAAGACUGAGAGAAUAUUCUCCCUCCAGGUCCUAUCCCAGACUCAAGGAGGUUGUCCCACGUCCCCUUCCCUGAGGGUGGUGGUCGGAGAAAAGAAAACGGAUGUGCAGUCACUCCCUGCAGCCCCCAAACACAACUGGCUGUGACUAAACUGUAUUUAUCUGGAUCUAAAAGGGCGCCGUGAGUCACAUACCUGCCUUGCUGGAGAACGUUCCUCUCCGCUAGCCUGCAUGGCAGCUGCCAGGGAAGCUGAGGGAGUGAGCACAGGCCGGUUUUAUAGAGGAUCCAUUUGGGAUCUGGGAGUCCGAAGAGGGGGCAGCGCAGCCCCACCCCAAAGAUUAAGCGUGGUACCCCAAGAUGGCUGGGCUGGCAGGGUGCCGGGAUGUACUUCCUGCCUGGUCCCCCGAGGGUCCCUCCCCUUCCUAUAUCCCUGCUCAGGAACUGCCCAGCGCCCCACCCAUCUCUUCACUGCACCCUCCUCCUCCCCCGUGCGGUGGGCAGCUGCCCAGUGAUAGGAAGGGGUGCCGUCCCACACACAGGUGGGGAACUGUGGGGCGGGAUUAGGAUUCUCCCCAGGGCUGGUUGUGGGGGGGUGGCAGGAUUAGAUCCUGGGCCUUUCAGUCAGGGGCGCCUAACCUCCCAUCAGAGUCCUCACAUCCAGGGGGUCUCACCUGCCCCCUACAAAGUGGUGUCUGUCUGCAUCUAGUGCUGCACUAACAGGGUGGGAGGUUAGUCCUGGUCUAGAAAAUAAAGCAGGAUGUGGAGAAGCAA